CUUCAGCAGGGUUACUUUAAAUAAAAUAGAAAAUCAUGGUUACUAUAGUUAAACCUUGUUAACCACAAAUUAACCAUGGUCUUUUUACAUGUACCAUAGUAUUUGAUGUACAAUUGUGGUUAUAAAAAUGGUAAUCAAUGCACUAAAAACACAUUUCCAUAAUGCACGUGCUAUCAGGGACUUUAUAUUAUUCAUAAUCUAUCACUGGUAUUUGCAUGUUUUUUAACAACAAAUUGAGCCUUUUUAUUUAUUGUGGUAAACUAUAUUGUUAGUACCAUGAUUACUGGACAUGUACCAAAGUGAUUUAAUAAAACUCUGUGGAAUUACAUGUACAGUAUGUGAAUAUGCUAUUAGGUACUAUUAAAUAUACUAUGGUAUUACAUAAGAUGCUAUUAUUGUAGUAUGGUUUUAAGCUGGUUGGCAGUUUCAUGAAGGUUAAUUAAAAACAAACAGAUUUUUAACGGCGUAUUCUCAUCUCCAAGAAAUGGCUAAAGACACAUUUGCUCUGGAUAACUGUGUGUAGCAGGUUUGGAAAGGGUUAGUGGGUGCCUGUGGGGUUAAGCUGGACCCAUUGGUCAGUCAGACGGGGCUUAAGGAGUUUAACAUAUUAUGUAGUUCACCAUAUGGACUGUCUUACCAGUCUGCAGGUGUCCAGGAGAUCAUGACGGAGGAGCACACGACAGGUGGUGCAUGCCUGUCCCAAUCAGACCGCAGGAUGACUGCUGGAGCAGAGGGCGGGGCUGAUGUCACAAAGGAGGCGUGGCCGGCACAGCCACGCCCUUUAUCACAUGACCGGGUCACACUAGUAGUGGACGGGACUCAUUUUGUGGUGGAUCCUGCGGUAUUCACAGCUUACCCGGACACAGUGCUUGGGAGGAUGUUCGGUCGAGCACGUCAGCACAGUUUCACGCGACCAAACACUAAAGGUGAAUAUGAGAUCGCAGAAGGCAUCGGUGCCAGUAUCUUCAGAGUAAUACUGGAUUAUUACCGUGUCGGCGUGCUGCACUGUCCGGAGGGCUUGUCUUUGGCAGAACUGCGCGAAGCAUGUGACUAUCUGUGUAUAAACUUCGACUACAGCACCGUCAGAUGCAGAGACCUCAGUGCUCUCCUGCACGAGCUGUCCAAUGACGGCGCUCGGAGGCAGUUCGAGGCGUUCCUGGAGGAGCUGCUGGUCCCGGCGAUGGUUGCGAGCGCUCAGGAAGGAGAACGAGAGUGCCACAUUGUGGUCCUGACGGACGACGAUAAUGUAGACUGGGAUCACGACAACCCUCCGCCGAUGGGAGAGGAAAACUCACAAAUCCUCUACAGCACCAAACUGUACCGUUUCUUCAAGUUCAUCGAGAACAGAGACGUCGCCAAAGCUCUGCUGAAGGAGCGAGGCCUGAAAAACAUUCGCAUCGGGAUCGAGGGAUACCCCACCUGUAAGGAGAAGGUGAAGCGGCGUCCAGGUGGGAAGUCCGAGGUCAUCUACAGCUACGUCCAGCGUCCCUUCAUCCAGCUGUCCUGGGAGAAAGAGGAAGGGAAGAGCAGACACGUGGACUUCCAGUGCGUCCGCAGCAGGAGCGUCCCUAAUCUCAUCACUGCCAUGGGGGAGGGGCCUGUGCGGGCCGGAGCCACGCCCACUCCACAGGUCGACGAGCUAGAUCGGCUGAAUGGCCCCGCCCCUCCCGGCCUCGACCAAUGACUGACGGAACUAGAAACACUGACUAGACUAAUACAGCUCAUUCAUACAUUCAUGAGGUCGUAAUUAAUAUUCAGAAUCUCAUUUCAUAUUCAUGAGUAGAUAGACAUUCCAUUGAUUUGUUUGAAUUUUGACUCAUUUCAUCCACGUCACUGGUUCAGUGAACUUAAAAGUACUUGAGAUCUUUUCACCGUUGUGUCCUUGAGCAAGCUCUUGCCAUCACUGCACUGCAUUUGGCUUUGGAUGAAACUAUAUUUGCUUAAUCAAUAACCAGUUAAUCAAAGAACAGUCACUUUUUCAGGGCUUUUUAGAUUAUUAAAGAUCAGAUGCAUUGUUGCAUUGUUUUAGAAAUCAUUUUAGUCCGACGGCACCAUCUAGUGUGAAGGUGAUGGAUAGAAAAUAGUGUAAAUAUAAUUUAUUAAACACUUUUUAAGUGUUUCCUUCGUUUUAUAUCAUUUUUAUGUGGUUUUCAAUAAAAUCAUCUGCAGAAAA